AUGGGGACUCCCAUUGUCUUACGCUUGAUGCUUUUAGUGUUUUGUGAGUUUGCUUUGCUUGUUGGUCUGAAGGCCAUCUCACAGUACAGUAGAGAUGACUUCCCGUCAGAGUUUAUAUUUGGGGCUGGCACCUCUGCAUAUCAGUAUGAGGGUGCUGCAGCCGAGGAAGGAAGGACUCCAAGUAUUUGGGAUACGUAUGCACAUGAAGGAAAUAUGAAGGAUGGUAGCACAGGAGAUGUGGCUUCUGAUGGUUAUCAUAAAUAUAAGGAGGAUAUUAAACUCAUGAGUGAUACAGGACUUCAAGCCUAUAGAUUCUCCAUCUCCUGGUCUAGGUUAAUCCCAAAAGGGAGAGGAGAAGUGAAUUCCCAAGGAAUUGAGUACUACAAUAAUGUCAUUGAUGAGUUGAUAAAGAAUGGAAUUCAACCACAUGUGACUCUUCAUCAUUAUGAUUUGCCACAAGUUCUUCAAGAUGAGUAUGGAGGAUGGCUAUCCCCAAAAAUCAUUGAUGAUUUCAAAGAAUUUGCUGAUGUUUGCUUUAGAGAAUUUGGCGAUAGGGUGUCUUAUUGGACCACCUUUAAUGAGGCCAAUGUGAUAGCUUUGUAUGCUUAUGAUUAUGGAGUUAUGCCUCCAAAGAGAUGUUCAUAUCCAUUUGGAGUUGAUUGUGUUGGAGGAAAUUCUACUACUGAGCCAUAUAUUGUUGCCCAUAAUAUCAUAUUGUCACAUUCUGCGGUUGUGGAGCUUUAUAGGAGAAGAUAUCAGGCCAAACAAAAGGGAAAGAUUGGCAUCAAUCUUUGGACUCUAUGGUGCUAUCCUUUGCAUGAGUUAGCAUCAGAUGAAGUGGCAGCCAAAAGAGCUAUAGAGUUUUUAAUAGGAUGGUUCUUGAACCCCAUCAUGUUUGGAGAUUAUCCAGAAAUCAUGAAAGUAUUUGCAGGCUCAAGGCUCCCAUCUUUCAGCAAAUCAGAAUCCCAGCAAGUGAAGGGUGCCUUUGAUUUCCUUGGUAUUAAUUACUAUUUCUCACUAUUUGUGACUAAUAACUUCAAUGCUCUCAACACCAAUCUUCGUGACUUCAGUGCAGAUAUGUUUGCAAACUUCACAGGUUCCACCAACCAGUCAGGCAUGAAAGACUAUCAACCUCUUAAUCUUCCUGUUAAUCCUCGAGGAUUGACUGAGCUAUUAAAAUAUUUCAAGGAAAAAUAUGGAAAUCCUCCUCUUUAUAUCCAGGAGAAUGGCUAUGGUGUUGAAGGAGAAGACAAGCUUAAGGACAUGGAAAGAGUAUCCUAUCUAAGUGGUUUCAUCGGAUGCAGCCUUGAGGCUCUGAGGAAUGGAUCAGAUUUGAGGGGAUAUUUUGUAUGGUCCUUUGUUGAUCUGUUUGAGCUCAUGGCUGGAUAUCAACUCCGAAUAGGGCUUUAUCAUGUUGAUUUUGACAAGGACAGAGAGAGGGUUCCAAAGCUGUCUGCCUAUUGGUACUCACAAUUCCUUAAAAAUGGCAAGCUCGUUAGCUUCAACAAUGGUGAAAAAAUUGCAGAAGCUCAAUAUGUCCAACAAGUUGUUGAUUCCAAGCUUGAAAAUGGUGGCUUUUUCAGUGGAUGA